AUGUUGCUGAUCACAAACAACCCCUAUGAUUACGCCUUCAUCUCUCAGGGGGAGACAACUGUGGCUUCUAUCGAUGAUAAGGAAGAAUUAAUGGCAACAGAUAGUGCCUUUGAUGUCCUGGGGUUCACCCCGGAUGAGAAGAUUGGGAUCUACAAGUUGACAGGAGCCAUCAUGCACUACGGAAACAUGCGCUUCAAACUGAAGCAGAGAGAGGAGCAGGGGGAGCCCGACGGCACAGAAGAGGCUGACAAAGCAGCUUAUCUCAUGGGCCUGAACUCCGCUGACCUCCUGAAAGGUUUGUGUCAUCCUCGGGUCAAGGUCGGGAAUGAGUACGUGACCAAGGGCCAAAAUGUCCAACAGAUCUCUUAUUCAGUCGGGGCUCUGUCCAAGUCGGUCUACGAGAAGAUGUUCAACUGGAUGGUGGUGAGAAUCAACCAGAGUUUGGAGACCAAACUCCCAAGGCAGUAUUUCAUCGGUGUCUUGGACAUCGCUGGCUUCGAAAUCUUCGACUUUAACAGCUUCGAGCAGCUCUGCAUCAACUUCACCAACGAGAAACUGCAACAGUUUUUCAACCACCACAUGUUUGUGCUGGAGCAGGAAGAGUACAAGAAGGAGGGCAUCGAGUGGGAGUUCAUCGACUUUGGGAUGGACCUUCAGGCCUGUAUCGACCUCAUCGAGAAGCCUAUGGGAAUCAUGUCCAUUCUGGAGGAAGAGUGCAUGUUCCCCAAGGCCAGUGACCAGACCUUCAAGGCCAAACUGUACGACAACCAUCUGGGGAAAUCCAACAACUUCCAGAAGCCUCGUAUAGUGAAGGGAAAGCCUGAGGCCCACUUCGCUCUGGUCCACUAUGCGGGGACAGUGGACUACAAUAUCUCUGGGUGGCUGCAGAAGAAUAAGGACCCUCUGAAUGAGACGGUGGUGGGACUGUACCAGAAAUCCUCCAUGAAGAUCUUGGCCAAUCUCUUCAUAAAUUACGCUGGGGCCGAUUCGGUGUCUGACGCUCCCAAAAAGGGAACGAAGAAGAAGGGAUCAUCGUUUCAGACUGUAUCUGCUCUCCACAGGGAGAACCUCAACAAACUGAUGACGAACCUGAGAUCAACUCAUCCUCAUUUUGUGCGUUGCAUCAUUCCCAAUGAGUCCAAAAUCCCAGGGAUGAUGGACAACGCGUUGGUUAUGCACCAGUUGAGGUGUAAUGGAGUCCUGGAGGGCAUCAGGAUUUGCCGGAAAGGUUUUCCCAACAGGAUUCUGUACGGAGAUUUCAAACAGAGAUACCGUAUCCUGAAUCCUGCUGCUAUCCCGGAGGGACAAUUUAUUGACAGCAAGAAAGGGGCAGAAAAGCUUCUGGGAUCCCUGGACAUCGAUAAGACCCAGUAUCGCUUUGGACACACCAAGGUGUUUUUCAAGGCCGGGCUUCUCGGGCAGUUGGAGGAGUUGAGAGACGAGCGAUUGGCCCGAAUUAUCACCCGGAUCCAGGCUCAGUCUCGCGGUCUCCUCAUGAGGAACGAGUUCAGGAAGAUGGUGGAACGCAGGGAUGCCCUCCUCGUGAUCCAGUGGAAUAUCCGAGCCUUCAUGGGGGUGAAGAACUGGCCUUGGAUGAAGCUCUUCUUCAAGAUCAAACCUCUGCUGAAGUCCGCGGAGACGGAGAAGGAGAUGGCCAACAUGAAGGAGGAAUUCCUGAAGCUGAAGGAGGCCCUGGAAAAAUCCGAGACCCGGAGGAAGGAACUGGAGGAGAAAACCGUCUCCCUCCUCCAGGAGAAGAACGACCUCCUCCUCCAAGUCCAGACGGAACAGGACAACCUGACGGAUGCCGAGGAGCGCUGUGACCAGCUGAUCAAGAACAAGAUCAUGCUGGAGGCCAAGAGCAAGGAACUGACCGAGAGGCUGGACGACGAGGAGGAGAUGAACGCUGAGCUCACCGCCAAGAAGCGCAAGCUGGAGGACGAGUGCUCGGAGCUCAAGAAGGACAUCGAUGACCUGGAGCUCACGCUGGCCAAGGUGGAAAAGGAGAAGCACGCCACCGAGAACAAGGUGAAGAACUUGACCGAGGAGAUGGCCGGGUUGGAUGAGAUCAUCGCCAAGUUGACGAAGGAGAAGAAAGCUCUUCAGGAAGCUCACCAGCAAACACUGGACGAUCUUCAGGCGGAGGAGGACAAGGCCAAUUCCCUGAGCAAAGCUAAGGCCAAACUGGAGCAACAAGUGGACGAUCUGGAGGGCUCCCUGGAGCAGGAGAAGAAAGUGAGGAUGGACCUGGAACGGGCCAAGAGGAAGCUGGAAGGGGAUCUGAAGCUGACGCAGGAGAACGUGAUGGAUUUGGAGAACGACAAACAGCAGAUUGAGGAGAAGCUCAAAAAGAAGGAUUUUGAGAUCAAUAACCUGAACAGUAAGGUUGAGGACGAACAGGCACUGGGUUUGCAACUGCAGAAGAAACUCAAGGAGCUUCAGGCCAGGAUAGAGGAGCUGGAGGAGGAGCUGGAGGCCGAGAGAGCAGCGAGGGCCAAGAUGGAGAAGCAGCGUUCAGACCUGUCCCGGGAGCUGGAGGAGAUCAGCGAGAGGCUGGAGGAGGCCGGUGGGGCCACCUCGGCCCAGGUGGAGAUGAACAAGAAGCGGGAGGCCGAGCUGCAGAAGCUGAGGCGGGACUUCGAGGAGGCCACCCUCCAGCACGAGGCCACCUCGUCCGCCCUCCGCAAGAAGCACGCCGACUCGGUGGCCGAGCUGGGCGAGCAGAUAGACAACCUCCAGAGGGUCAAGCAGAAGCUGGAGAAGGAGAAGAGCGAACUCAAGCUGGAGCUCGACGACGUGGCCUCCAACAUGGAGCACAUCGUCAAGGGCAAGGCAAACUUGGACAAGAUGUGCAGGACUCUGGAAGACCAGUUGAAUGAGUACAGGACGAAGGCCGAGGAAGGCCAGAGGUUAAUUAACGACUUUGCAUCCAGCAAAGCCAAGCUCCAAACCGAGAACGGGGAGCUGAUCAGACAAAUGGAAGAGAAAGAAUCUCUCGUGUCUCAGUUGACUCGUGGAAAGGUCUCCAAUUGCCAACAGAUCGAAGAUUUGAGGAGACAACUGGAGGAGGAAGUGAAGGCUAAGAAUGCUCUAGCUCACGCUGUCCAGUCGGCCCGACACGACGCUGACCUCCUGAGGGAACAGUAUGAGGAGGAGCAGGAGGCCAAGGGGGAGCUGCAGAGGCUCCUGUCCAAGGCCAACUCCGAGGUGGCCACGUGGAGAACCAAGUACGAGACCGACGCCAUCCAGAGGACAGAGGAGCUGGAGGAGGCCAAGAAGAAGUUGGCCCAGAGGCUACAGGAGGCGGAGGAGCAGGUCGAGGCCGUCAAUGCCAAAUGUUCUUCGCUGGAGAAAACCAAACACCGUUUGCAGAACGAGAUCGAGGACCUGAUGAUCGAUGUGGAGAGAUCCAAUGCUGCUGCCGCGGCCCUGGACAAGAAGCAGAGGAACUUUGACAAGGUCCUACAUCUCCUCCGUGUCUCCUUCUCUACAUCUCCU